AUGUUUUCCUCGUAUAUAUCAUACCUUUUUCCACUACUCAUUUUUCUUGUAAUUCAUCGAAUCCAUGGUACAAAUGUUAGUUUUGUUCCACAGCCAAUUUAUAUAACAAUUGCUGAUCUUCCACAACCCUACGCUACAACAUCUACUUCUAAAACACCUCAAAUCACUUCUAUACCGGCAGAUCCUCGCCUCUACGUUCCUGAUGGAUUUACGGUGAAGUUAUAUAUGAAUGGACUCUUAUCACCACGUUAUCUUAUCUAUACACCUGCAAAUGAUAUUCUCGUUAGUGAAUCAGGUGCUAAUCGUAUUUCAUGUCUCGUAGAUAAUAAUAAUGAUGGUUAUCCAGAUGAACGUUUGACAUUUGCUAAUCAAUCCAAUGAACUUAAUUAUCCAUUUGGUAUGGCUUUUGUCAAUGGAUACUUUUAUGUUGGUAAUCGAAAUGCUAUCCGACGUUACUCUUGGACUUUUGGAAGUCGACAAAUUACAGGUACGGGUGAAAUAAUAAUGACUUAUCCUGAAACUGGUCAUGCAACGCGAACUAUCGUUAUAUCACCGAAUAGUGAUCGAAUAUUUGUUAGUAUUGGUUCAGUAUCUAAUGUCGAUGUUGAAUCAUUACCACGAGCGUCUGUUCAACAAGCAAAUCUCGAUGGUAGUAAUCAAACAACAUUUGCUUAUGGUCUUCGAAAUGCUGUCGGUUUAGCUUUUCAUCCAGUAACUAAUGAUCUCUAUACAACAUGUCAAGAACGAGAUCAACUUGGUGAUGAUCUUGUUCCUGAUUAUUUUACACGUAUUCAACAGAAUGAUUUUUAUGGAUGGCCUUUUGCAUAUAUGAGUGCAAAUUUAACUGAUCCAAGACGACGUCUAAGUAAUGGAACAAGUGAACGACCUGAUUUAGUGUCACUUACACGAACACCUGAUGUUCUUUUUCAAGCUCAUUCAGCUGUACUUGAUAUGCGAUUUUAUACGAGCAAUCAAUUUCCUAGUCGAUAUCGAAAUGGUGCUUUUGCAGCAUUUCAUGGUUCAUGGAAUAGAAAUAAUGGAACUGGUUAUAAAAUUAUCUUUAUUCCAUUCAGUAAUAAUACUAAUCUACCAAUGGGUUACUAUGAAGAUUUUGUUAAUGGAUUUCUAAUCAAUCCAUCUGGACCCGAUACAUUUGGAAGACCAGUUGGAAUACUUGCUUUGAAAGAUGGUAGUCUUUUAUUUUCAGAAGAUGGCAAUAAUUGUCUUUAUCAAGUUCAGUACAAGCAGAGCUUUAAUAAUACUAACAACAUCAGUACUGUUACUAGCAACACUACUACUACCGUCAAUAUAGCAGUCACCAAUGGCAUAACUAUUCAUUUUCAAAACUCUGUCAUCACAUUUCUACUUUCACUCUUCGUAUAUUCUUUUUGUGCCUAUUUUUUCCUUUCUCAAUAUAAUUAA